AUAAACGUUUUAUAGCGGCAGGGUGCGCUGUACGAAGUGAUGCAGGCGUGAGUCGUGUUGUUGUUUAUGUGAAAUUGACGAUUAUUGGAAGUUAUGAUGAGGUUUUACGUGAGGGAGGCGACAUGUUGCCUUUAUAGAAGGAAAAAUAUUUUAGAUGGGAUUAGGCAGAAAUAUCUCUGUACAUUGACUAACGAAGAAGUCCGCGAAAAACGAAACAAAAUAUUCGAGAAGGAGAAGGCGCGGCAGCGGGCUCUGAUAACUAGAGUAGAAAAAAUAGAAGUGAACUACGUCGGAGUGCCAGAAGAAUGUACUCUACUGAUGAAUAAAAAUAUAUCCACGCCUUACGACUGUACCAUGCAUGUUAGCGAAAUGUUGAGAAUCAGAUCCAUUAUUCCACUCGUUAACAAUGAGUUGUGGGACAUGCACAGGCCGUUAGAAGAUGACUGUACGCUAGAUUUUUUGCAUUUUAAAAUCGAAGAUCCUCAUGAAGUGAACAAGGCUUUUUGGAGAAGUUGCAGUUUCAUGCUUGGUAUGAUUAUCGAAAGGGCGUUCAAAGACAAUGUCUAUGUGCAGUUGCAUAGCUGGCCAAGACCUGAUGUGAGAAGCGGAAGUUUUGUGUACGAUGUAAAUUUGAGCACCGACGACUGGGAGCCCCGAACGGAUGAACUCCGCACAUUAACGGGAAUGCUACAAAAGUUAUCUAUGAGGGACGUAAAAUUUGAAAGAUUAGAACUACCUUUAUCCGUUGCCGAGGAAAUGUUCGAAGAUAACAGAUUUAAAUUACAUCAACUCUUGAGCAUAGCGGAACAUUCAAAAGACUGUAACACAGUCACGGCAUACAGGUUGGACGAUCACAUCGACAUAUCUGUGGGGCCGAUGAUCUCCACCACCAGACAUCUCGGAUUUGUGAGCGUAGCUUCCGUUCACAAAUUAGAUACUUCGGAAGGUCUGAUUUAUAGAUUUCAAGGCAUUGCAUUGCCCAGGCAAUUACCGUUGAAUAGUUUUGCUUUUAAAAUCUUAGUGGAUAGGGCCAAAAAACUGAAUACGACGGGCUUGCCCAAAGCUUCUGAGAAGAUCCCGACGGGGGAGACCGNUCAA